AGAAUUCACAUAGAGACAGAAACAGAAAGAAACACGAACGCCCAAUAAUGGAUUUAAAGAAAGCAUCUUUGGUUUUUUACUUUCUUAUCUUUCUCCAUCUGCAACGCCGCGUUGCUCAUGCGAUCUCUGCAUCUUCAACAACUCUAGCCUCCGCUGAUCCAAACCAUGACAAUCCCCCGGUUCAAGAAGUCGAAUCGAAGCCGGAAGGUGAUGUGAUCUCCCGGAAUUUAACGGAAUUAGCCGUCGUUGUUAAGAAGGGAGGCGGAGGAGGAGGUGGAGGCGGAGGCAGAGGUGGAGGCGGCUUCAGCGGAGGAGGACGAGGUAUUGGCGGAGGAUCACGCGGAAAUGGCGGUGGCGAUCGAGUGAUUCCUGGUAGAGGAGGAGGAAUACGUCCGAUUCCGAUUUAUGGCGCCGGAUCGCACCACGGUGGUCAUCGUUCAAGGGGCGGCCGGGAAACUGCUAGCGGUUGGUUAGGUUUAUCGAUUUUAGCCGGUUUGGUUUUGGUUUUCUAGAGUUUCUUUAUUUGAUUUUGCCGGUUUAGUUUAAUUGUUUGAUACCGGUUUUGCUUCCCACUGGUUUGCUACUUUGCUCUCUGGAUAUAUCAGAAGAAGGUUGUUGUUAGGUUA